AAAACCUUAAAAAAAGUUAUGUGUGCGAUGAAUAUAGUUUUCCAGUGUGUAAUUUCUCUCUCACGUUCCACGCAGUGUUCCUUGAAGGUGUCAGAAAGAGGAAGCGUGGAACUGGAACCAUGUCCUUGUUUCUUACCUUUGUAUAUUUGGCCUUCGUGAGUAUGGUUAAUAGAGCUUACUCCGUUUCUGGGAAAAACUCUACAAAUUCAGGUGCCGAAGGCUUAGGAAAUAAAACCAGUGGCUACGUAAAAGGGCCAGUUGUGGAGGAGUUCCUUUUUCCUGAAAGAUCAACUCCUUUCAACAGUUGUCAUGCUUCUACCAUUGUUGAGGUUGAGAAGGGCCAUUUUCUGGUUGCAUAUUUCGGGGGCUCCUCUGAGGGGGCACCAGAUGUAAAAAUAUGGCUGCAGACUUAUAAGAAUGGCAGAUGGAAAUCACCCAUAAUUGCUGAUGAAGAACCAAAUGUUCCUAUGUGGAACCCGGUACUGUUCAAACUUCCAUCAAAUGAGUUAGUGCUGUUCUACAGAAUAGGCCUAGAUGUUCAAAAGUGGAGUGGAUUCAUGAAACGUUCAAAUGACAAAGGAAUUACCUGGACACAAAGAGAACAACUUCCUCCUGGUAUAUUAGGACCUAUCAAGAAUAAGCCCCUCUUGCUAGAAAACGGUGACUUACUCUGUGGAUCUUCUGUUGAAAGCUGGAACUCAUGGGGAGCAUGGGCAGAGGUUACAACAGAUUUUGGCAGAACAUGGAGAAAGCAUGGCCCAAUUUUCAUUGAAAACACACCUCUUGGUGUGAUUCAGCCAGUACCAUACCUGACUGAAAAGGGGACACUACGUGUUUUGCUCAGAUCCUUUACUGGCCUUGGUAGAGUUUAUAUAUCAGAAUCCUUUGAUGGUGGCAAAACUUGGGGCUAUGCAAAGCCUACACAACUCCCCAAUCCAAACUCAGGUAUUGAUGGGGUUAAGCUGAGUGAUGGGAGAAUAUUGCUUGCUUAUAACACCAUUUCAAGGGGUGUGCUUAAAGUUGGUGUUUCUGAGGAUGAUGGUGAAUCCUGGCAAGAGGCACUUACACUGGAAGAUACAUUAGGAAUGGAAUUCUCAUAUCCUGCUGUUAUCCAAGCUAGUGAUGGACGAGUACACAUCACCUAUACAUUUAAUAGGACACAAAUAAAGCACGUUGUUGUUAGGCUAAGGUGAUGCAAGCCAGCUUCUUUUUUGAAGGCAAGAAGAGAAACACACAAGUUCUUCGUUUCUGCAACAUAUAUGCCCUUUUUCUAUCAGCAGAUACAAAUAAAUAGCACAAUCAAUUGAUCCAACGUUUUCAACUAAUCUAUAAAAAUUAAUUACUAAUGCCUUUUUUUUCACAAUAGUAAAUCGGUAACUUCUAAUCUGUGUACUUUGUAAGCUGAUGCCUGUGUCGUGUAACUUUUGUUGUCUUUGAUAUUUUACGGUUUGACUACUUUCUCUUUACUCAUAGGAAAAAAUAUUGUCAUAGUUUUUAGGUACUAAUUAAUAGAACUUUUUU